AUGCCUAGAUCAAAACGUUCCAAGCUUGUUACUUUAGCUCAAACCGAUAAAAAAGGUAAAGAAAAUAAAACUCGUUUAUUUGAUGAUGUUAGAUCUGCUUUAGAUACUUAUAAAUACGUUUGGGUUUUACAAUUUGAUGAUAUUAGAACUCCUGUAUUACAAGAUAUUAGAAAUGAUUGGAAUGAAUCAAAAUUAAUUUUGGGUAAAAGAAAAGUAUUACAAAAAGCUUUAGGUGAAUCAAUUGAAGAAGAAUAUAAAGAUAAUUUAAAUCAAUUAACUAAAAUAUUAGAAGGUUUACCUGGUUUAUUAUUUACUAAUGAAGAUCCUGAAACUGUUGAUGCUUAUUUUAAAGCUUAUUCUAAACAAGAUUAUUCAAGAGCUAAAUCAAAGGCUCCAAUAGAUUUCAUCAUACCUCAAGGUAUUGUUUAUUCAAGAGGUGGUCAAAUCCCAAUAGAAGAAGAUGUUCCAAUGUCUCAUUCUUUAGAAGAAACUUUAAGAAAUAAAUUAAGAGUUCCAACUAAAAUUAAAGCUGGUAAAAUCGUUCUUGAUGAACCUUAUGUUGUUUGUAAUGAAGGUGAAGUUUUAGAUGUUAGACAAGCUAUGUUAUUAAAACAAUUUGGUGUUGCUGCUAGUGAAUUCAAAGUCCCAGUACUUGGUUAUUAUCAUGAUGGUGAAGUACAUAAAUAUUAA